AUGAGCCAAGACACUACAGAAACACGAACAAGGACACGCUCCAAAGGUAUCCGGGUGUCGCCAGAGCUUGUGGGACAAGAAAUAAAGCAGGAGUUGAGCAGCAGCUGUCCCACGCCUGGAUGUGAUGGCAAAGGGCAUGUCAGUGGGAGAUACUCGCGGCAUAGAAGCAUACUGGGAUGCCCGAUUGUGAAGAAAAGGAAGCUGGAAGAGGCUGAGGCUGAGGAGAACCAGUCUGCUCCCAAGAGGAGGAACCAGCCUGCCAAACAAAUAGCAGAUGAAUGCUUUGCUGCAGACAGUGAUGCAGCAGAAGAAGAGGAGGAGCAGAAAGAUGAUGAAGAGGAGGACGAAGAGGAAGGCCUCAAAGAGAAAAACAGAAACAAAACAAAAGGCCGGCCAGUGUCGAUAAAAACAGACUGCUCACAGGUGACCACAGAGGACACAGAAGCAGCAGAAGAAGCAGUUUGUCCUCUGGCUGAAGAUGACAAAAACGAAGGCGUUACCUCAGAGACUGAGAACAAAACUGAAAGUGAUAAAACUAGUGAGGAAGAGAAGGUGAUAACAGAACCCCAACUGACCAAUGAUCAUCAGCAGGAGGAAACACAGGGCAAGGAGGAGGAGGGUCAGUUGGUGAAAAAGAAUGAGCCAUUCGAGCAACCCGAAGAAGAAACUGAGAGAAUUGAGCUUAAAGAGACAAAAGAAGAAGAGGAGGAAAAUGAAGCAGAAGAUGAGGAAGAGCAGGAGGAAAGACAAAAGAGCAUUUUAGAGAAGAGGGAGGUAGAAAGACAGUUGAUAAGUCAGGAAAAUUCUGAUCAUCAGUACUCCAGUGGAGAUUACAACCACCAGACCAAAGAAUCUGCAGUUGAGCAGAGCAAGAGGGAGGAGAUGGAGGAAAAAGAGGAAUUAGAGGAGAAGGUCCAACAAGAGGUUGACACACCGUACUCCUUAAGUCCACACAUUCUGGGAUCUGAUGCUGAGGUGUCUCUCAGGGAAGAAAAGGUCUGCACUCCUGUGACUGAGGAAGAGGAGGAGUAUGAAGAGCAGGAGGACAGAGAGGAGGAGGAUGAUGAUGAGAGGCAGGGGAAGCAAGCAGGUGAGGUGAUGGAGGAGGAAGAGGAUGACCAAUACUCCAGCAAAGCCUCUCCAACUACAGUGGUGAUAGAAGUCUGCUCAGAGGAUGAUGAGGAGGAGGAGGAGGAGCAGGAGGAAGAAGAGGAAGAAGAAGAAGAGGAGGAAGAAGGAGAGGAGCUGGAUCGUGUCUCAGAGGGAUCAGGAAUCACAGAUGACUCAGAGAACUGGGAUAUGACUCGAGGGAACCUGGGGCUGCUGGAGCAGGCCAUUGCCCUGAAGGCUGAGGAGGUGCAGGGGGGUCAGGAGGUCAGGGGCUCUCCAGACUACCAACCAUACAGCAGCUCCAGCAAGAGCUCUGAGCCUGCUGCUGUGGCCCGCCGCACCGCUCACUUCAGCAAAGAGAAGAGGGAAGUCAAAUGUCCAACCCCAGGGUGUGACGGGACAGGUCAUGUGACUGGGCUGUACCCUCAUCACCGCAGUCUAUCUGGAUGUCCUCACAAAGACAGAAUCCCUCCAGAGAUUCUGGCCAUGCAUGAGAACGUCUUGAAGUGUCCAACCCCUGGCUGCACAGGCCAAGGCCAUGUCAACAGUAACCGCAACACACACCGCAGUCUGUCCGGCUGCCCCAUUGCAGCAGCGGCUAAGCUGAACAAAAACCAGGACAAGCAGUUGCAUUUACAGGCUUCAGGCAAUGAACCCUCAUCCAACUCUGACAGAGUGCUCAGGCCCAUGUGUUUUGUGAAGCAGUUAGAGAUUCCUCAGUAUGGUAGCUACCGGCCCAACACAGUGACCACCACACCUCGAGCCAACCUGGCCAAGGAACUGGAGAAAUAUUCUAAGGUGUCCUUUGACUAUGCAAGCUUUGAUGUCCAGGUGUUUGGAAAGCGUAUGCUUAUUCCAAAGCCAUCCAGUGCCACUGAAACGUCACCCAAAGCCUUCAAAUCUAAAUCCUUCCCAGAGGCCUCAUCCCCCAGUCACAGUGUGCCAGGAGGCUUUUGUAAGAGCGCUUCAUCCUCCAGUGGGUUUGACUACAGUCAAGACGCUGAGGCAGCCCACAUGGCAGCAACAGCCAUCCUCAACCUCUCCACCCGCUGCUGGGAGAGACCCGAGAGCCUCAGCACCAAGCCCAGGGAACCCUGCACGAAGGAGCCGGACAUCGAAGUAGACGAGAAUGGUACCUUAGACCUCAGCAUGAAGAAAAACAAGAGGGAGGGCAUGCAGUCUCCAGAGCCCUCAUCGUCCUCAUCUUCAUCCUCUCAACAUAUUGGAGCCACGUUGUCUCAGGGCCACACUCAGCCAGAGUGGGAGGGGCCACUAGACUUCACCACAGCAGGCAGAGUCAAGGAGGAGGACCAUGAUGAGGUGGAGUAUACAGCUCCCUCAUACACUUCAUCUGAUGGUGAGGACGAGGAUCAGGAAAACCUGGAGGACAGGAAGUACCCUGGUGAGGUCACCACCAGCAGCUUCAAGGUCAAGUUUCAGCCCAAAGACAGCAAAAAGGAAAUUCUUGUAUGUCCCACCCCAGGCUGUGAUGGUAGUGGACACAUCACUGGCAACUACGCAUCUCAUCGCAGUCUGUCAGGCUGUCCUCUUGCUGAUAAAUCACUUCGGACCCUCAUGGCUGCCCACACAGCUGAACUAAAGUGUCCAACUCCAGGUUGCGAUGGAUCAGGCCACAUUACUGGAAACUACGCUUCACAUAGAAGUCUGUCCGGAUGCCCACGAGCCAAGAAGGGUGGGAUCAAAUCAACCCCCACCAAGGAUGACAAGGAAGACUCUGAGCUGUUACGGUGUCCAGUUCCUGGCUGUGACAGUCUAGGCCACAUCAGUGGGAAGUAUGCCACCCACCGCAGUGCCUAUGGCUGUCCACUGGCAGCACGCCGCCAGAAGGAGGGUCUCCUUAAUGGCACCCCCUUCUCCUGGAAAGCCUUCAAGACCGAGGGCCCAACCUGCCCCACGCCAGGCUGCGAUGGGUCUGGUCAUGCUAACGGCAGUUUCCUGACACACCGCAGUCUGUCAGGUUGUCCCAGAGCAUCGGCCAACAAGAAGAGAGCCAAGUUCCCAGGAGAUGAGUACAUCACUGCCAAGUUCAGAGCCAGUGACGUUCUGGACAACGAUGAGGACAUCAAGCAGCUCAACCAGGAGAUUAACGAGCUGAAUGAGUCCAACUCAGAGAUGGAGGCCGACAUGGUGAACCUGCACACUCAGAUCUCUUCUAUGGAGAAGAACUUGAAGAGCAUGGAGGAGGAAAAUAAGGAGAUUGAGGAGAAGAAUGAGGCCUUGUUUCUGGAGCUGUCUGGCCUGAGUCAGGCUCUGAUUCACAGCCUGACCAACAUCCGCCUGCCCACUAUGCAGGAGCCGCUGUCAGAGCAGAACUUUGACAGUUAUGUGGAGACCCUGACCCACAUGUUUACCAAUAAAGACUGCUAUCAGAACCCUGAGAACCGGGCCCUGCUUGAGUCCAUCAACCAGGCAGUGAAGGGCAUUGAAGUGUGA